AUGCUGGCCGUGAGCAUUACGAGUGCCGCACCUGCGUUUAUGUACGGAAUCGAUAGUUUCAAUGAGAUUAUUGAAUACGAUCCGGUUAACAAAGUCACAAGGGUUGUCAAGGAGACAGAUUUGAACAAGCGCUCAGGAAGCAAUGCAUUUGGCUUUGACGAGGCCAGGAACCAAAUGUUUUGGUUCUAUAAAGGCGAUAAGACCGGUGGUCCCAAUCUUGCCGGCUUGUACUAUUGGGAUCAGGUCACCGGAGCCAUUGACCGUAUCGCAAGCCAAGAACAAUCCUGGACCAAUCAAAGAUUUCCGCUAAAUGCUGAUUUCUACCCCGAUCCCAGCACUGGCAAUUCAUAUUUCGUUUGGGUCACUGGAGGAGGGAGUACGGUCAACUUUCUCCCCAUCACUUAUGAUGUAUCCGACAACCCUAUUGGAGUUGGAAGCAGAAUUCAACGAACUAUUACAGGGCCUGAUUUCAGUCCAGAUUCUAUGAAUUUUGGCGACAUUGCCAUCAAGACCAGCACCGACACGUUAUAUUUGGCAACAGCACUAGAAGGGGGAUUCGCUAAGAUUGACCUCGACGACGCAUUCGAGCAGCCCACGCUUCCUUACACAGAGAUCACGAGGGGCAAUCCCCCCCUCCAGGUUGCAUUUGACUGCGAGGAAGAAAUCUUGUACGGUCAGCAACUCAUCCGCCCCAAUAAUAAUUUCAGUGACAAUUGGUACACCAUCGACCUGGAGACUGGAGUGGCGACAUCAAUUCCUGAUUACUCAACUACAGGCCGACUAUCAGCAUUCGAUCUAGGUGGAUCGGCAUGCUCUGCGUCGCCUCAGACAACAAGUCACACCCACUCCAGUUCCCACGUCGUCGGGACCAACGCCCUCCCCGAAUCCCACUGCCUCCCCAACCAUGAGUCCUACUGGCAGCCCGACAGCGGCACCGACCUCGACUCCGACAGCAUCUCCAACAACUAUGCCCACCCCGAGUCCCACUUCUCCCUUACCAUUUUGCCGUGA